CGCGACGCCAUGGAAGUGGUGGAGGCCGCUGCCGCUCAGUUGGAAACUCUGAAAUUUAAUGGCACCAGUUUGGGAGAUAGCCAGGGUCAGGCGGUGCUGUCUCCGAGCUGUGUACCUGUACCAGACCCUCGGCCGCCACCACAGUCGGGUGAGCGGUCCCCGGACACCGGGCAGGCCGCGGAGGCUCAGCCUGCAGAGGAACAGCCGCCUGAACUCGCGCCGCAAUCAAGGCCAGAACCUCCACAGGGAGGGAACUGCGUCACCGGCUCGGGCUCCGCAGAGCAGACGCGGACCCCAGACUCUCUAGAGACCUCGGACUCGGAUUCAGACUCGGACAGUGACACAGAUUCAGAUAGUUCAAGCUCCUCCUCGUCCUCAUCAUCUUCCUCAUCAUCGUCCUCUCAUCUGUCACUUCCUCCACUGCUGUCAGAUGGAGAAGAUGAUUUACAAAUUGAGAAGGAAAAUAAGAAUUUCCCUCUUAAAACAAAAGAUGAGUUACUCCUUAACGAACUACCUUCUGUUGAAGAACUCACUAUUAUCCUGCCUGAAGAUAUUGAAUUAAAGCCUCUUGGGAUGGUUUCAAGUAUUAUUGAGCAAUUAGUAAUAAUUGAAUCCAUGACUAACCUACCUCCGGUUAAUGAAGAGACUGUAAUUUUUAAAAGUGAUCGACAAGCAGCAGGAAAGAUAUUUGAGAUAUUUGGACCUGUUGCACAUCCAUUUUAUGUGUUACGUUUUAAUUCUUCAGAGCACAUUGAGAGUAAAGGUAUUAAAAUAAAGGAUACUAUGUAUUUUGCUCCAUCAAUGAAAGACUUCACCCAAUACAUAUUCACAGAAAAACUUAAACAGGAUAGGGGAUCAGAUGCGUCAUGGAAGAAUGAUCAGGAACCACCACCAGAAGCCUUAGAUUUCAGUGAUGAUGAAAAGGAAAAAGAAGCCAAACAGAGGAAAAAAUCUCAGAUUCAAGGCCGGAAAAAAUUCAAGUCUGAGUCUAAUGAAUCAAGUGAAAACUUUUCAGAAGUACAUCAGAAUUGGAAUGCUCAUAGCUCUGCUUCAGAGCACUCAAAAGGAUAUCGCAACAGAGAAUUCACACGAGGAUUUUCCCGGGGUAGAUAUCCUCGACCUUGCCAUGGCAGGCCUCCAUCGCCACAGUUUUAUAACUCAGAACAGAUGGUGUUUCAGGAGACUUCAGGAUUUCCACCUCAGAGACCAGAUAAUACUAUCAUGCCACAGUAUCCUUUUCCUCCGCCGGUGUUUGACAUGCAUAAUUUUUCACUCCCUCCUCCUCUGCCACCACUGCCACCACCUCCACCGCCUGCAUCUGUAAACCUGGGUUGGGCUACACCAAACAUGGCACCUCAUCCAUUAAUUCCCUUACCAUACUCCAUCCCCCCACCCCCUCCCCCGCUGCCUCCACCUCCUUCUUCUGGAGAUAGUAAUUCUUCUCACUUUGGAUCCUACUACUAGGGGAAUGUAUACAUUUCUGGAGAAAUGUAGACUUUUUAUAUGGGAAGGAUUUUUUUUUUUUUUUUUAAAGAAAGCAAUUAUGGAGCUAGAUUUUUAACACUGUAAAAUACUAAAUGAUUCCUUCAGUCGUGACUUGAUACAUAUUUGUAACCUUUGUGAAAUUGUGUCAUUAUGAAAAUUUCACUUUUGUGGAGGGGGAUAUCCAGUUAUAUAAUAUUUAAUUAAAACUUUGAAUCCAUGCUUUCCCUAUUUCUGCUCAAUUAAAUAGUGUAUAUAGGUCUAAUAGAUCUGGAGCAACUUUCAUCAUGGGUUAAAGUAUAUUGAACACAUUGUCUUCUUGAUAUAUCUGAAAAUAAGAUGCUGAAAUCCUAUUGAGAGUCUUUAAAAUAAACUAUUUUUACAAAUGUA